AUGUCAAGCACAAGAAAAUUCAAUACCCAAAGUGAAAAGAAAAAUUACUUAAAUAGAGCGGAAAAUACAGAAAACAUGGAAUGUAUAGAAAAUGUAGAGGAUACAGACAUGGAAGACGUGGAGCCUUGGAACCUAGUGGAUCUUUGGCAGUUCAAAAGUGUAGCCAUGUUGAAUUUCCAAAUAUUAAAAAAUCUCAUUAAAUCAUUACUUGCAAUUCAGAUUUAG